GUUAAUCCAAAGGAUUUAAUAUUGGCCUUUCUUAGAUACUGAUGAUAUUAUUUAUUUUUACAAGUUCUUUUUAAAAGAUAACAUGAUGAAAUCAUAGUUCCUUUAUGAUUUGGUAAACAGUUCGAGUGAGUCCUUUUAUAUCAGAAGGGGAAUUUUUUUAAAGAACCUCGGAAAGGUACCAUGGACUGCAUUCUUCUGCUCUUCUUGGCACAGCCUGUCUUUAACCUGGGGAAACUCAAUAAAUAUUCUAGACUGUCCUAGAAGGCUACAGUUAGUGUGAAGGGGCCUCUGUGAUGGUCCAGAGUUAUCCACUGCUUGUGGCAGGGAAGGCUGAGCUGCAGAGAGGGCUGUAAACCCACCUUUGAUCUUUAAGGGAGAUGAUGGCCAGGCUUGAGGUUCAAGUUAAUGGUGGUUAAUCUAUGGCCCAUCAUAGCCUAUCAUAGGGCUGCUUAAUGUCUCCCAAACUGUGAAAUGGGACCAGCUCAGCUUUUCUUUGAACAUGCAUCACUUGUAUAUGCAUUUAAGGGAAAAGAUGGUGUUUUGUCUAAUUUGGCAAAUGAAGGCUUGUGGUUUGCUGAUAUUCAACAUGGCACUCGGUUUCUUUCUCUCUUGCAGACAAUUCAGUGUGGCUCUGAACCCGGACCGUCUCCAGAGUGGAUGGUCCGACACACCCUGACCCCAGGAGACCUGAGGGACCUCCGAGUGGAACCUAUUAAAAGCAGUGUUGACCUGGAGGACUCUUCAAUUUUGAUGAACAUAAGCUGGAUACUCCGGGCAGAUGCCAGCAUCCGUUUGUUGAAGGCCACCAAGAUCUGCGUGAUGGGCAAAAGCCACUUCCAGUCCCGCAGCUGCAUCAGGUGCAAUUACACCCAGGCGUUCCACACUCAGACCAGACCCUCUGGUGGCAAAUGGACGUUUUCCUACAUUGGUUUUCCUGUCGAGCUGAACACAGUCUAUUUCAUUGGAGCCCAUAACAUCCCUAAUGCAAAUAUGAAUGAGGACGGCCCCUCCAUGGCUGUGAACUUCACCUCCCCAGGGUGCCUGGACCACUUAAUGAAAUAUAAAAAAAAAUGCAUCGAGGCAGGAAGCCUGUGGAAGCCAAACAUCACCGCUUGCAAGAAGACCGCGAACACAGUGGAAGUGAAUUUUACCACCAGUCCCCUUGGAGACAGAUACAUGGCGCUCAUCCAAAAUACCUCCGUGAUUGGGACUUCCUAUGUGUCAGAGAAGGAACUAACUCGAACUUCCGUGGUGGUCCACGUGACUGGGGAAAGUGAAGGUGCUGUGGUCCAGCUGACUCCGUAUUUCCAUACCUGUGGCAACGACUGCAUCCGACAAAGAGGAACCGUGAUGCGGUGCCCACAAACGGGAGUCUCUCCUCAGGAUCAUGAGAGAAGUGUGCUGGGUGGCUGGCUGCCUCUCCUCCUGUCCGCUCUCCUUGUGGCCACAUGGGUGCUGGUGGCUGGCAUCUAUCUGAUCUGGAGGCACGAAAGGAUCAAGAAGACUUCCUUCUCAACUACCACACUACUGCCCUCUCUUAAGGUUCUUGUGGUUUACCCUUCUGAAAUAUGCUUCCAUCACAUAGUUUGUUACUUCACUGAAUUUCUUCAAAACCGCUGCAGAAGUGAAGUUAUCCUUGAAAAGUGGCAGAAAAAGAAAAUAGCCGAGAUGGGUCCCGUGCAGUGGCUCACCACUCAGAAGCAAGCAGCGGAUAAGGUCAUUUUCCUUCUUUCCAAUGAUAACACCAUGUGUGAUGGUACCUGUGACAAGAAGGAGGGCGGCCCCUGUGAGAACUCCCAAGACCUGUUCCACCUCGCCUUUAACCUCUUCUGCAGUGAUCUGAGAAGCCAGACUCAUCUGCGCAAGUAUGUGGUGGUCUACUUCAGAGAGGGUGACAUCAAAGACAGCUACAGUGCGCUCAGUGUCUGCCCCACGUACCGCCUCAUGAAGGACGCUACAGAUUUCUGUGCAGAGCUUCUCCAUGCCAAGCAGCAUGUGUCGGUGGGGAGAAGGUCACGCGCCCGUCACUACAGCUGCCUCUCCCUGUAGCCCAACCACGAAGCAGGAGACCCUAAAGCCUUCUGACCCCUCCAAUCACAGGGAAAGAAGUGUCUGUGAGAAUCUGAAGUUUACCAUAUAGGCUACUUGCAGGGAGGAUUACAGGUGAACCUUGAACAGCCCAAGGGUGCUGACCCCUCUGCAGCUGAAAAUCCAGGGAGAACUUCACAGUCCAGCAUCUGUUUCCAUGGUUCAACCAUCUGCAGAUGUGCAGUGCGUUACUUACUGAGAAAACUGCACUAAAUGUAUCUGCCCAGUUCAGACUUAUAUUGUUCAAGAGUCAACCAUAUGCAUAUCUGCUUGAGCAAAAGCAAUAGGGAGGAUUUACAACAGGAUAAUUUACAAAGGAAUACAUACACCUUAACCUAUUAAUUAAAUGUUAUACCAAUAAAAUUGUUACAAAUAUUACUAAAGACUGUGGCAUUAAAGAACGGGAACUAAAUUUAUAA